UUUGGCCCCCAGCGACAGUGAUGCAUGCACCAUCCAACCCCAACAUUUGCAGCGUGACUUGAAAUCCGCCGACAUGUAACAACGUCAUAUCCUCGCCUUUUGCUUGCGAGCCAGGCUACAAUAACGAAUGUGGCUUGACUCAAAAAUAUGCCUUUUUGUCCUCGUUGCAAGUCAUUACAAGCGAUAUUCGCAAUCGACUACUGGAUUAGAACGUGUCUCUCGGGCCAUCCUGAGUGUCAGAAGAAAGGGAUGGCCGAUUUUGUUCCCACCAGGAUUGUUGCUGUUGGCGAAAGUGGCGACGACCACGUACGGCUUGUUGACAAUGCCAGACACAGUAACCUCACCGACAAGCGCGACAUUGCUUUGAGUCACUGCUGGGGCUUGGAUAUGCCAUCUUCAGCCCAGACUUUCGACAGCAACCUGGCCGAGCACAAGCAAUCGAUAGCCCUAGCAGCCCUGACGACUACAUUCGUCGAUGUAAUCGAGAUUAGCCGAAGGCUUGGGAUUCCAUACAUAUGGGUCGACUUCCUCUGCAUCAUCCAGGGCAACGCGGCCGAUUGGGGAAGAGAAGCGGCUCAAAUGUCUGCUGUCUAUACGUGUGCGCACAUUACUUUGGCUGCGUCUGGUUCUUCGAGUGGCAGUCAUGGCUGCCACAUCUUAGGCGACGAGGUGCUGUACGUUGAUGUGCCUUUUAACGGCGGCGAAUUCGAGCUUGGCUCUAAGACGCAGAGGCAGUACAGGGUUUGUGCUUAGCUCGAUUUUAGUAACGACCACAUGGAUCGCGAUCCCUUACACACAAGAGGUUGGUGUCUUCAAGAAUGAGAGCUCUCUCCCCGCAUCGCUCGUCUUCCCCUGGCACGACUCGAGGGCUUUCCAGG